GAGACGUGCGAGGGUGUCUUUCUCUCCAAUCUGCAAUCUGAGGCGAUUUCCAACUUACUUCUACUCUAAACCUACGUUUGGCAGUUUUGACAUACAGAAAAUUAUGAUGGACCGGAGAAGCAGUGAGAUUCCUUUGGACAAGCUGCCAACUGUGCACCCUGGGAACGAGACAAGCAGCAGCGAGGACUCGACAACAGACACGGGAGGACAGCAGGACAAGGAAAAGGACAUUCUAUCGGAGGAAACGCACGGGGUUAACUGGGUAAACUCUGUCUAUCCUCCCGUACAGAGUCAAACAGAGCAGACGGACGGGCCUAUGGUGAAAGGUACUGUGGACAAACGUUACAAAUGUGACCUCUGUGACUAUUCUACUGCACAUAAAAUCAAUUUAGACAUACACAUGGCUAAACACACCGGAGUUAAACCCUACAUGUGCGGGGAGUGUAAAUACAGGACGGCUGACACUUCUAACCUAGCUGUACACAUGAGAAGACAUACAGGAGAGAAACCCUACAAGUGUGGCCAGUGUGACUAUGCUGCGGCACAGAAAGGGACUUUAGACGUACACAUGGCUAAACACACCGGAGACAAACCCUACAUGUGCGGGGAGUGUGGAUACAGGACGGCUGACAGGUCUACCCUAUCACGUCAUAUGAGAAAGCAUACAGGUCGGAAACCCUACAAAUGUGACCAGUGUGACUAUUCUGCUGCACAGAAAAGUGAUCUCGAGAAACACAUGUCUAAACACACCGGAGAAAAACCAUUCAUGUGUGGGGAGUGUGGAUACAGGGCAGCUUACAGGCGUAGCCUAUCAGUACAUUUGAAAAAACACACAGAUGAGAAACCUUAUAAGUGUGACCAGUGCGACUAUUCUGCCACACGGAAAAGCAAUUUAGACAAACAUAUGACUAAACACACCGGGGAAAACCCUACAUGUGUGGAGAGUGUGGAUUCCAAACGGUUUACCAGUCUUACCUAACUGUACAUAUGAGAAAACAUACAGUUAAGGGACCGUACAAGUGUGACCAGUGCAACUUUUGUGGCAAUCAGAAGCGUGAUUUGACCCACCAUAUGGCCCACCACGACAAACCCUACAUGUGCGGGGAGUGCGGGCACAGGGCGGUCAACAGGUCUCAUCUAACUGUACACAUGAGAACACACACUGGUGAAAAACCCUACAAAUGUGACCAGUGUGACUAUUCUGCUACACAGAAAUGUGCUUUAGUCCGUCACAUGACUAAACAUACCGGAGGAGACAAACCCUACAUGUGUGAGGAGUGUGGAUACAGGGCGGCUGACAAGAAUCGGCUAACCGUGCAUAUGAGAAGACAUACGGGUGAGAAACCAUACAAAUGUGACCAGUGUAACUUUUUUGCUUCUCAGAAAUGUAGUUUGAACCGACAUAAGGCUAGACACACUGAAGACAAAU